AUGGCCACCAAAGCUCAUGUUCUUUCUUUAUACAUAUUCUUGACCUUGUUCUCCUUUCUAGUUGUCGAAGCAUUUUCUUCCAAGUUUGUGAGCGAUUUCUUAGGCUCUAAGAAAGGUGACAAAGUAAAGGGGCUCGAUCAAAUCAAACAAUACCUUGUCAAGUAUGGCUAUCUCAUGCACAACCCCUCCACAACAUUUGAGGGAUUUGAAGUUCUAGAUGAUGCCGUAGAAGAAGCCAUAAAAAAAUACCAACUCUUCUACCAUCUCAAUGUUACAGGUGUGUUAGACGAACAUACAUUGUCAUUGAUGUCAAAGCCUCGAUGUGGCGUCCCCGAUUUGAUCAAUGGUACGACCAUCAAGCAUGGAAUGAAACUAGUUUUCGACCCAACAAAACGGUCCUACUAUGUGACUGGGUGGUCAAAGUGGAACAAGUUAAUCCUAACUUGGGCCACGAAGCCCGGAACGCGAAAUGACGCUCGUCAACCAAUAUAUUUGGCGCUGAAAGAGUGGGAAUCAGUAACUCGGUUUCAUUUUAUUCAAAGCAAUGAUUAUGAGAAGUCCGACGUGAAAAUAGAAUUCGUCCAACAUAUCGAUGGGCGGGGAAGGGUUUUGGCUUUUGCUGGAUUUCCGCCUAAUGGGGGAGUUCAUUUUGAUGCAGAUGAGGAUUGGGUGAUCGGGGCAGUGCCCGGGAGAGAUGACAUCGAGACUACUGCGUUGCAUGAGUUAGGGCAUACCCUCGGACUUCAACAUAGCACCGUUCAAGCUGCCAUCAUGUGGCCAUAUAUUUCAUCCGGCGCAACCAAACACUUGAAUAACGAUGACGUUGCGGGAAUCAAGGCCUUGUACAAUUUUCCUUAGCUCAACUUGUUUGUAUUUGCAUCCAA